AGCAAUAGACGACAAGGAAUUCCUUUAGGAAACCUUGGAAUAAAACAUAACGAUAACAACCUAUCAACGAAUUUUCGAAGUGAAGAAACUAUUGACUAUCUUGAGAAAUUUAUUGAUCAAGCAAAAAACAAACAUCAAAAUGAACUACAACACUGUCAUCGUACUUUUUAUUGAAGUUUGCUGCAUUUUAUCUGUGAGUGGAAUGGCCAUCCGCAAAUCCGAUGAACAUCAAAUAAGCAAAAGAUCAACAUCCGCCGACCACAGUAUCACAGAUGCCAAAGGACGACACAGAGAAAACAUCCAUCGCCAAUUCAUCCUCAGCAAACUCCUCAGGGCUGUCGACACCAGCGGCAGCAGAGUGCCUUCAGAAGUAAUCGCCAGCAUGCAGAAGGAAUCUACCACAGUCACACCGACAGUGAUGAGCACCCGACAGGAAACCGAAAAGAAAGUCCCGCGACGACGAGGCGGCCGAGGACGCGGCAGAAAAUCAAAGCAAAAUGGCGUCCCCCGAUCCGUAAAGAAAUCGAUCGAAGUCCUUUUGAGAAGCGAAUAUGCUGACGAAAUCAUCAAUUCAAUCGACAACAUUGUUGAAAAAGAUGGAAGUUUAAAGAAAGCAGCUGCACGAGUCCGUAAGUUCAUUAAAAAAUGCUCUAAUAGCAACCUAUGAAGAAAACUAACAGACAAAAUGCAUGAAUAUUACGAUCGCGUAAUGCAUAUUCCAUCACACAGCAUGUAAAAUAAAAACGAGCAUGCGAACUAUUUUUGUAACCAAUGUCAAAAUUGACCAUUGAAAUAUUUACUGUCAGGAUGAAUCAAUUAAAAUUGUCUCAUUUGAUGUCAUUUCAAAUAAGACAAUAGCCUGACUGAAUAUAUUUUGAUGGUGGUUAUGACUUAACAUCUCGAAUGUACAUAUUCGAGAACAUUCAACCACUCGGUGCGACUAGUUCCACCACAACGUAGCUUAGUUGUAGUUGAAGCCUUUACUAUUUUUUCCUCAAUGCACUUCAAGUUUUUGCCACUCAAUUGUCUUUUUAUUUAUAUGCAAUGUUUCUCUGCUGUGAUCUUUGUCGUCCAGGUCCAAUACCCGUUACCACGGGUGUGUAACUAUCCGAAUUAGGAAUCUUACUAACCUCUGGUAAAUUUAAAAUACAAUCUGAGACAAUCCACAAAGAUUCCAAUUAUGACAACUGGAUAAUGCGAUUUAUCAUUGUAAAAUCCAUCAUUUGGUGGAUAUAACCAAUUAUGUAAAAAAAUUUAGAGAAAAGCAGUUCAUGAAAUUAUCAUGAAUCGCGGUUGUAUAACAUCAAUGUUCAAGUUUCUGAAACUUAUCCAUUCAUUUUAAUAUAAUUUAGAGCUAAUCUACCCCAGUAAACAAGGAUAAAUACUGCUCGAUGAAUUUUUGUUGAUGUGUUUUAUUGUCUCCAUAUAUGUUUUUGUUUCAAGCACUUUUUAUAUACUUGUAUGCAUAUUUAACGUGCACCUGACCUGUGUUUAUUUCCAAACACAAAAUUUGUAAAUAUUUUUUAAAGAUAACUAGCUUGUAAAUAUUCCUUCACACAUAGUGAAUAUUAUAGUAUUACAACUUAUUUUUUGUUUGAGAAAAUUUGAUAAGUUUUGGAUUGACAUUUUCUAAUCCGGUAGUCACGAGUUUGGGCCAAAAUGAAUCACAUCUUCUCAACAUAGAAUUUUGACAAAUAUAGAACACAUUCAUCAUGUAUGACUGAAUAUAUUUAAUACUUUCUUAGAUUAGUUUUGGCCCAAUCUUGUUUAUACUGGGUUACACUGCUCAUCAACCUUCAAUUUGAAUUUAGUUUUAUAUUCAUAGAUUUAGGCCUUAGUUUUUAUUUAUUCUUCUUCAUAUAUUUGUUCAACACUGCUUACUCUGUAAGCUUACCUACACAUGUUGAAGCCUGUGAUUAAAACAUGAAUGUGAUAACUUUAGCUCACUUUUGCAUUUUUACAUUUGUUUUUAAAUAUAUUCCAGAAAAAAACACCAGAUAUUAAAGCCAUAUUGUGUGAAAUAUUAAACAAAAUGUUGUUCUUUUUUGAAAGCAUGUGGCUCAAAAAUGUUUAAGACUCUAUAUAGCCAAUUCCCAAUGAUUCGCAGGCCCAUCUUCAGUGGUUUGCAAGGAUUUUGAGAAUUUAAAGUUUAUUGACUUGAGUUUUCAAUGUCCGUUUCAUACAAUUUUUUCAAUUCCGAUAUAUUACUUCAUAUAUAAUCAUAAUGUAUAAUUAUGAAAAAACAGAUUCAAUUUAAUUUUUUGAUAUUGGUGUUCGUGCACCAAUGGUUAAAAUAUUUAUGAUCUAAAUGGUUUAUCAUAAAUUGAUUAUGUGUCUAAGUCAAUUUACUCAAUUUAUUUUCAGCGUUGUGAAAUUUACUUUUUUGCAAGUACUUGUGAAAAAGAAGUCGUACCAAGAAUGUUGCAAAUUUUGUUGGUAUUUUUUCGUUUAUUUUACCUUGUCUCCUCCAUUCUAAAUUCAGAAGCAUGCCAUGCAUGAUGCAAGGAAUUCUAUAUUAUGACCUUGAUCAAACAUGAUGAUC